GAGCGUACGCAGGGGGUGUGCACGAGAGUAAGCGCAUGCAGGGGGUGUGCGCAGGAGCAGGUGAGAGAGCGGGGGGGGGAGUUGGGGGGUUGCGCACAUGUGUCCGGGGCCCCAGAGUGGGCUUUGUGGUAUGGGUGAGGGUCGGAGGCAAGCCCUGAGACAGCAGCCCCGGUGGGCCCCGGGCUCCUCAGUCCGACCCUGCCAAAACAUAUUGUACAACAUUUCUAGCCUACAUCUUUAGUCAUGCUUUAGUUCAUGCUUUAGUUCUCCUUUAAGGCAAAAGUUCAUAUUAUAGCAGUAUAAAGAAAUCCAAACACAAGCCAAGAUAACACUGCAAUGCUUUAAGAAUAAAACAGUAAUGUCUUGCAAAGUAUUGAUCUGAAUUCAAUGAGAAAAAUCUGAAAAUAUGAAUUGAAAAUCGGUCACUUUUUGUGGGGUGCCCAGUCAUCAUCUUACUAACCUAAAGGGGGACUAAAUACUUAUGCAAGUAUGCAUAUUAUGCAAUAUUAUGUUUAUUGGUUUCCUAAAAAAAAAAAAAAAACACAAAAUAAUUGAGUUAAAGUGCAGCGAAAUAAAUUAGUUUGGUUAGUGUCACACUGGGCUGUGUCUUGGCAUCUGUAUAAUUGCAGGCCGAAUAAAUGCCCCUCCACCCAUGUAUAUCUCUGCACUGAUGAGCACUGCAGUGCAGACAGAGCAUUUUGGCACGAGAAUGGACAUGUGUUACAUAGACAUGUGCAGCAAUAACAAGAAAUGUGCAGCCUUACAGAGCAUUUGUUUUCAGUGAUCCCCAUUUGAAAGCUGGAAAGAGAAGAAGGCGGCAAAUAAUUCAAAAACUAUAAAAAAAAAAUGGAAAGGCCAAUUAAACAGUUGCUUGGAAUUGCCCAUUCUAUAACAUACUAAAAGUUAAAUUAAUGGUGAACUACUUUUUGAAUGGAGCCUCCCAAGCAUUCGGCCUGUUUUAUAGUAAUUACCUAUUUCUGUAUGGGAACAAAGUAGAGAAAUAGAUAGGAUAGAUUAGAUUAUGUAAAGAAAAAAAAGACUGAUGAGGCAAACACAAUAGACAAAUGAGCCUAGGGCUAACUGGACCAGGGCCCACCCAAAUCUUUCUGGUAACCCGUUUGGCCAAGACCCUGGGUAAUGUUCUACAUGAUUUGCCCCCUCUUGUGAUAGUUUCUUCCUCUAAUAAUGCAGUUGAUAUGAACGAGGAACCUUUGUAUUGCCUUGUGUUUUGCUUGCCUGCAGUCAGUUUGUAUAAAUAUUACAAAAAUGCUAUACAAAUAGGUUUUAUUUGUGUAUGCCUGGUCAGCCAGUAAGUGUAGAUACCAGUUGCUGAGUUACUAACAGGUCUGCUGGUCUUUAAUGUGUUAUACAAAAUACAUUUUAUACAGAGUUUUUAUCAGUUAAAUAAACAGUAACACCAAUAUUAAUGUCAUCACCAUGACAACCGUUACCAUGGUGAUGUCAUCACCAUGACAACCGUUAACCAUUGUGAUGUCAUCACCAUGACAACCGUUACCAUUGUGAUGUCAUCACCAUGGCCGCCUUUACCAUUGUGAUGUCAUCACCAUGGCCGCCUUUACCAUUGUGAUGUCAUCACCAUGACAACCUUUCCCAGCUGUAGUUGUUUACACACUGCUUUCAAGUCAUUUUGAGUCUAGCAGCCGAGGUGGAAGGAGCUUGCUCCCAAUACUCUUGCUGCAAAACUUGAUUUUUUUAAAACUUCUUUUUUUUCUUUUUUUCAACCAACUUUUUCUUUCUUUUUUUUAACCAAUCAUGCCUGAACACAAUCAAUCUUCAUUUAGAUUACAAUCUAUGUCCCAAUUUAUAUCUGAAAAUUAUAUCCUGUUCCUGUUAUUGGGCUAUUUUUUAGGAUCUAUUCACUUUAAAAUAGGAUAUGUUAUCAUAGGAAUCCUGAUAUGGAAGCGCUAUAGGUAUUGGAAGACAAGCAGGUGCCCUUCUGGAAUGAAAACAGAGGAUAAUCCCAAGGACCAGAAACAAACUCCACAAAAACCCAUACGUGAACACUUUGAGAGAAACAAGUCCCUGAAUGUGAUUGUGGAGAGUAUGUGGCCUUAUGUUACCACAGUUUUGGAAAAUACGCUUAGACAGAAGAUUCAGCCGAAAAUCCGCUGCGUCAGCAAAUAUCUCUCCUCUUUCCGCUUCAUAAAUGUUGAUUUUGGAAAGAAGGCCCCACAGGUCACUGCUUUGAGAGCCCACGCGGACCCAGAGAAGAAGCAGAUCAUGUUGGAUCUGGAAAUAAGUUAUAAUACAGAAGUGAAGGUGGAUAUCGGAUUUACUGAAGGAACCGCCAUAGCUGGAGUGAAAUCUGUCAAACUGGAGGGAACCUUGAGAAUUAUUCUCGCACCAUUAAUGGAAGAAGUGCCCUUAGUUGGAUCCCUUACCUUCUAUUUCCCUCAUCGACCGGUAUUGGAACUACGUUGGACAGGACUCUCCCACCUGCUUAACAUUCCUGGACUUCAUACAAUGUCAGACAAAAAGAUUGUUGAUAAAAUUGCGCACUUCUUGGUUUCACCGAAUCACUUGUCCCAGCCUUUAACAUCCAAAUUUGAUGUGAAUGAGCUGCACUUCAUAGAGCCCAAGAACGUACUUCGUGUCCAUGUGAUAGAAGCCAAAAACCUUAUCGCCAAAGACAUUUUGAUGAAGUCGUCGGACCCGUAUGUUGUCAUACACGGAGGAAAAACGAUAGAAAAAACGAGGAUUAUACAUAAGAACUUGAACCCACAGUGGAAUGAGCCAUUUGAGAUAUUAUAUUCUGACCUUCCAGGACAAGAGAUCGAAUUUCAUCUCUUUCACAAAAAUAGGGCGAUACAUCAUAGGGAGAUAGAUCAGUCUUUGGGCAAGUGUACAAUCAGUACUGACGAAGUCUCAGAGACAAAAUGCCUAGACAAGUGGAUACAAUUGGAGAGUGCAAAGUCUGGACAGCUCCAUAUCAAGAUGGAACGCCUAAAGCUUCUAUCAGACCCAACCAAGCUAGAAGAGGUGCUAAAAGAAAAUAUGCAAACCCAGUUGGAGUGGAAUAAGGAAAUUUCUACAGCUGUUCUAUAUGCUGUUAUUGAAAAAGCAAGGGGUCUACCUAUGAUACAGGUUAGGAAAGACAAACUGAAACCAUUAGCCGUGGUGCACGCUUCUGUUGGAGAUUCUGUAAAGAAAACUGGAAGCAAAGUGAAUAAUGGAGAAGCAGAGUGGAAAAAAAGGUUCCAAUUCUUAAUAAGGAACCCACUUAGUGAGGAACUGAAGCUUAAGGUACUAAAUGAGAGCGGCGCACCCCUUGGAUGUGUUACCGUACCCUUAUCCCGUCUAGUGGCAGCUAUGGACAUGACCAUGGAAGACUGGCUGCCCCUGGAAUUAACAGAACAGAAUUGUGACAUCCGGGUAAAACUUCAACUACGGAUUUUGACCCCUUACUCUAUGAAGCCAGAGCAACAAGAAAGCACCCCUAUCACCCAGAAAAAAACGAAGGCUUCAUUGUCCCGAAAGCGCAAAUCCCGGACCAAAGUCAACAAGCAGUGAAUAUUUAUAACCACGGGUUGAUGAAUCUCUUUGACUGAAUAAAUAAAUGAAUAAACCAAUUGAGCUUGUCAUUAGAACUGAGGUAGUUGAUUGUUUUUUUCUUGGUAAAGUGUGACCUAAGGAAAGGUUCUCAACUUGUCUCAUGGUAAAUAUGGCGCAAACAUCAAAGGCUAUUGUGAUAGUAAACUAGUUAGUAUAGCUAUGGGUUUAUAUCAUUUAUGUUAAAGUAGAGAGGGGUGUGUGUGUGGAUGCUGGAUUUUCAUUUGGAGGGGUUGAACUUGAUGGACUUUGUCUUGUUUCAACCCGAUUUAACUAUAUAACUAUGUAACAAACAAGGUGCUAAAAAGAA